AUGUGCAAGCACUUCAGAUAUCAAGGAAUCUCUGACGACGCCAUAAGAUUAAGACUGUUUCCACAUACUCUGCGGGACAAGGCGAUUGAAUGGCUUGAUUCUCAGCCGAUAGCCAGCAUUACUACCUGGAAUGACCUAGCUCAGAAGUUCUGGCUACUUUCAGCUUUCAAGAGCAUGGUCGACUCUUCAACUAAUGGGUCAUUAUCCACAAAAACAAUUGAUGAAGCAUUGAAGUUAUAUGAGACAAUGGCUACAACCUCAGCAAUGUGGACCAUGGAACGAUCAGUACCAAAGAAGACACCAGGAGUUUAUGAAGUGGAUGUAUAUUCAACAUUUUCCGCUAAGAUUGAUUCCUUAUUUCACAAGGUGGAAAACAUUACCCAGUCAGCUAACGCGGCGCAGACAAAGAAGGCAAAUUGUGAAGAAUGUGGAGCUGAGCAUGUGACAGCAGAAUGCCCAAUUUUGACAUAA